ACAAAAUUUUUUGAUUUCUUUCGCGGCUGUCUUUUUUAUUGUACUUUCGAUUAAGAGUUUAACAAAUCAGUCAUGUCUGUCAAUAAUGACAUUACUGAAAAAGAAAAACCAAAUUCUUCAGUUUCUAUUGAUUCCACGAAAUCUGUGAGAUCAAAUAUUCCCUGGGUUGAAAAGUACCGCCCCAAAACAUUUAAAGAAAUUGUGGGCAAUGAUGAAGCUGUGGAACGGUUUGAAGUAUUUUCCAGAGAAGGAAACAUUCCAAAUGUGAUUUUAGCUGGACCACCUGGUGUUGGCAAAACAACAACAAUUUUGUGCUUAGCAAAAAUUAUGCUUGGUCCAUGCUUUAAGGAUGCAGUACUUGAACUAAAUGCUUCAAACGACAGAGGCAUUGAAGUUGUGAGAAAUAAGAUUAAGAUGUUUGCUCAACAGAAAGUUACUUUACCUAAAGGAAAGCAUAAAAUUAUAAUUUUGGAUGAAGCUGACAGUAUGACGGAAGGAGCUCAACAAGCCCUCCGAAGAACCAUGGAAAUCUACUCCAAAACUACACGUUUUGCACUAGCAUGUAAUGCUUCUGAUAAAAUAAUAGAACCCAUUCAAUCUAGAUGUGCUAUGGUACGUUUUGGAAAACUCUCAGAUCUCCAAAUUUUAUCAAAAAUUAUGGAAGUAUGUAAAACAGAAGAUGUCAGCUACACAGAUGAUGGCUUAGAAGCUCUGGUCUUUACAGCCCAAGGCGAUAUGCGUCAGGCUUUAAAUAAUUUACAGUCAACAUAUUCUGGUUUUGGCCACGUCAACAGUGAAUAUGUUUUUAAGGUAUGUGAUGAACCACAUCCACUUCUCAUAAAAGAUAUGAUUAAACAUUGUACUGAGAGCAAUCUAGAUGAAGCAUACAAAAUUUUGCACCACCUUUGGAAACUUGGUUACGCAUGUGAGGAUAUUAUUUCUAAUAUCUUUAGAGUGUGUAAAACUUAUGAUAUGCCUGAAUACUUAAAACUAGAAUUUAUUAAGGAAAUUGGUCUAACGCAUUUAAAAAUAGUCCAAGGUGUACAGUCUCUUCUACAACUGUCUGGACUUCUGGCCAGAUUGUGUAAGAAAGUUAAAGACACUGUUCAAUAACUCUGGAUUUCAAUUUUAUAUAUUGUAUUUUCUAUGUAUAUUAUUAAAAUGUUACUAAUAAACAAGGUUUUUAAAAAAAUGUGUGUGGCAUCUUUUGCGAGUUUUUUUGGAUUCAAAAAUCAGGGCUGAAACUGACUAAUUCACGAAAACCAUUAAACAGGGUAUGUACGCUACCAGGAAGUCCUUGCACUUAAUUAUUUAUUUUUAAGACUAUAAAAGUCCUGGAAAAAUGGGAUAUUAACAAAAACAUCUGAAAAGCAUUGAUCUUCUAAUCAAACAACAAAAGGGGCCCCAUAUACGAAGGCUGUCAUAAAAUAUCGAGACUGAAUUUAUUAUGCAAAAACAUACAUACAUAAAAAGGUUUUGAGUCAAUCUCCUACGAAAUAUGCUCCAUUGACAGUAACACACUUGGCCCAACAAUGUUUCCAGUCCUCGAAAUAUUUUGGGAACUCAGACUUUAAGAUGAUCUGAAGCUGCUACGUCAAGUUCUGUUUUAUGGUUUCAAUAUCCUUAAAGCAGUGUCUUUUUGAGCUGUUCUUGAUCUUGAGAAAGAGGAAGAAAUAUGGAGGGGACAUGUGCUACUAGGGUUGUUCCGUCUGCACGAGAUAGCUGGUAUGCAGUGGGGCUCCGUCAUGAUGAAGCAUCCAGCGAGAGGACGCCCACAACACUGGUCUUUCUACAAACGAACUCUCUUAGGUUUUGGUGCCUGCUUUACCAAGCUUAAAGCAAAAAUUGAUGCAGAUUCAAUGCUCCACGUUUUCACACAUUUUCUGUUUUAGAUGAAUGCAAGCAAGCACUCCACAUGAAAAAAGUCAGUGUGACUGAACGGCACGCUGUACACACCUGCC